AUGUUACACUCGAAAGGCGAUCUGCAGGAAGCGAUCAACGUGGCGCGACAAAAUGUGGCAAAAGUGAAGAAUUCCAAAGAUCUGCGAUUGAAAAUUCGUUGUGACAUUGCACUAGCGAUGCUUUAUGUCGAGAAUAGCCUGGAACAUGUUGCUGCAUCAAUGUUGCGAGAAUGUCAAACAGCUGCCCAGAUUCAUAGCCUUGAAAAUAUCGAUGCAAUGAUAAACAGGCGUCUUGCUUACAUCGAUGUAGUAGAAGGACGUAUUGGAGAUGCGUUGGUAAAAAUCAAGGAAUGCGAAUGGAUUGUGACGAUACGUUGCCCACCGCUUGAGAAAGCACUGUUCUACAUGACAAUGUUCGCAGCAUGCAAGAAGCAGGAAUACUCAUCACCAGCUGCGCGUCGUGAGUUCCAUCACGCUGGCGUUCCUCUUCUGGAAAAAGCAGCGAUUGCGGAAGCAGCAAAACUCUACAAUAGCUACAAUCGAAUUACGGAACGGGACGAAUGCGCCACGUUAUUCUGUGAAAUUCAAGCAAGAUUCCCAGGACAGAUUAGCUGGCCUAUUCUCUGA